ACACACACACAUUGAAUAUAUUAUCGACCUUUGAGUGAGUCGAGUGGAGCAAAGGGAAGGCGUUAUAAUAAAAGCUCAGUACUUAUAUGGUCCAUUGACUUUGCUUUGGAUUGUAAGAGCCAAAAGUACGCAGAGAAACAGAGACCAGGGCGACUUGGAUACUCCAUCUGUGGUUCCAGGAGUCCACAUUACUGUGCGGAUUUGUUACUUCUAACUUGUAAAUCUCAUUUGAGCUGAUUUCAUCUGAUCUCUCAGUCUUUACUGAGGAAAAAAACAUGCAUUUCUCCAUCCCUGAGACGGAGGUUCGCUCCAGUGAGAAUGGAUCUACAUAUGUGGCCUACAACAUCCAUGUCAACGGGGUCCUGCACUGCCGAGUGCGCUACAGCCAGCUCUUAGGCCUGCAUGAACAGAUCAAGAAAGAGUAUGGAAACAAUGUGGUGCCUGCCUUCCCCCCAAAGAAGAUCUUCACCCUCACGCCUGCAGAGGUAGAGCAGCGGAGAGAGCAGCUGGAGAAGUACAUGCAAGCUGUGCGUCAGGAUCCUCUGCUGGGAGCCAGCGAAAUGUUCAACAGCUUUUUAAGAAAAGCUCAGCAGGAGACACAGCAGAUCCCCACUGAAGAGGUCCAGCUGGAGGUGCACUUAUCCAACAGCCAGAAGGUCAAAGUCAACAUUUUGACGUCAGACCAGACUGAAGAUGUCCUUGAGGCAGUUGCAUCGAAACUGGAGCUGCCCGAUGAUUUGGUGGGCUAUUUCAGCCUCUUCCUAGUUCAGGAUGGGGCAAACGGGGGCUGCACAUUUGUGAGAAAGCUGCAGGAGUUUGAGCUGCCUUACGUGUCAGUCACCAGCCUGCGCAAUCCCGACUACCACAUCGUCCUCCGCAAAAGUUAUUGGGACUCGGCAUAUGACAGCGAUGUAAUGGAGGAUAGUGUGGGUCUUAACUUGUUAUAUGCUCAGACGGUGUCUGACAUUGAGCGAGGCUGGAUUCUUGCCAACAAAGACCAGCACAGACAGCUGAAAUCGCUGCAGGAGAAAGGCUCAAAGAAAGAGUUCAUCAGAUUGGCUCAGACCCUGAAGUAUUUUGGCUAUAUCAAGUUUGAUCCCUGCAUCACGGAUUUUCCCGAAAAAGGUUGCCACGUCAUCGUCAGCGCCGGCAACAACGAGCUCAACUUUCACGUCAAACUGCCCAACAACCAGAUGAAGGAAGGCAGCUUUAAAGUCACACGCAUGAGGUGCUGGCGAGUCACUUCAUCUCAAGUCCCAAUGGCCAAUGGCACCGCUAAUCCCUGCACCUCUGGCAAGUGUGAAGUCAAACUGGAGCUGGCCUUCGAGUAUCUGAUGAGCAAAGACCGUCUGCAGUGGGUCACCAUCACGAGUCCACAGGCAAUCAUGAUGAGCAUCUGUCUCCAGUCCAUGGUGGAUGAACUGAUGGUGAAGAAGUCUGGGGGAAGCAUUAAGAAAAUGCAGAAGAAACGUCUUAAUGGAUCCAUCCAUCGAUCCAACAGCCAGCAAGCUGUGAAAUCUCCUCCAUUACUGGAUUCUCCUGAUGCGAGUCGAGAACAAGUAGUCAAGCUCUCGACCAAGCUGAGUUCUGUCUCCCUGCGUGGGAUCAGCGCCUCAAACUCGGCUAACGAUCUCAGCGGCAGUGAUUUUCAUGGAAACUAUGCCUUCGAGGGCAUCGGGGAUGAUGACCUGUGAUGCUCUUCUCAGACUAAAGCAGAGGACAGCUGAGCCAAUCUGAGCAGGUUCGAGUGGAGGGAACGCAUCUGAUUCUGCAAGAUUCUAACACUCUGUUGUCCUGCAGCAUUUCUCCAAUAGUCCAAAACAUCCUUACCAACCACAGAUUAUUAAGGGUUAAGGGUCUUGCAUGUAAUGAGGUGUCAACUUAGAUAGGUGUAGCACAAGCACAAUACAUUGUGUGUAACACCCACCCUAUGACAAAUAAGCAAAAUCCAGAUUGAACAAAAAUAUUGAAGAUGCACUGAUAUAAACUAUAUUAAAAAUCGGCGUAUCUGCCGAUAACUGACAGUAAUCCCACUCUGACAUCCUCUUAAUAACCAGGCGAUUCGGCUAGCUUCUGUUGCCAGGAUCUGUGUCAUAUCAGUCAACAUCACAUGCAUUCAUGGCAAUAAAAAUGUCUGUGAAUGGUACUGCAAAUCGUCAAAUCCAAUCCAAAUUCAUUCCAACAUUUCAUCAGCCUCUGUAUCAAAACGCAGCGUUGAAUACAUGCAUCCCUAAAAAAAAAAAAAAAAAAAAAAAAAAAACUACAUUCAGUAUUUCAAACUGUGGCACCCUUUAAGCAAACACAGGGAUGCAUAGCUUUGGGGUUAUUUCCUGCAUCCAUGAAAGAAAUGUCUCAAAGAAAUAAACUUUUAUUGGCUGCAACAAAAGCUGCUUCUCAUGUUAACCUCUACUGAAUAGUACUUCCUUUUUAGAGACUCAAAGCUGUGCUUUCUCAUCCUCAAUGCUGUAACCAAUGAUUAAGCAUUAAAUGAGCUUCAUGCUGUCUCAAGCUGAUGGAUACAAUGAAAGGAGAUCUGAGAACACUGAUUUGAAUAAGUGCAAACAUGCUAAAGUCAGCUGCCUAAACCUGUACAUGCAGAUUUUGAUUCAAGUGUAAGUCUGUAGUUCAUCAGUUAAAGAGUUCAGGAGGAACUGCGGCCUUCAUGUGCAGUGUGCCAAUCCUUGCCUUUUUUUUUUUUUUUUUUGCCAUUAUCUAACAGGUUUUCAAUGCUUUCCAAACUCAUCAGCAUCACCGCUUCAUAAGUAGUGAAUAGAAAGUGUUAUACGGGUUCUGAAUGGAAACCUCAUCCUAAUUAGAUCAUGCAUAGCAUGGCCUUUUUUUUUUUCUCCCCUCCCCCUGCCAACUCUUUGCCUUACACUAAUUCAACCGCCUUACAUUUCAAGCUUGUCAGUUUUAAAGUCGUUUCAGUGUUAGGUCCUCGUCAAUGUAAGCUCUGGUGAGAAAUCUUGCAGAAUUUAGAGAGUUCUGUUGGUGUUGGGCAGAACCGCUUGCACAUGCUGAACCCAUGACUUUGCACAAUAUUAUACAGACGGAUGGAGUGAUUCAUCAUGGAAAACAUUCUCAACCAUAUGUGCAUGGUGUUGAAGAUUUUUUUCCCUUGUCUUUCCAACCAAUAUUUUGUGAAAGGUUUCUCAUAAAUGCCAAAAUUCUAGUUUACUAAAGCAUUUUGCACAAAAGAAACAUUUAAAAAUCAUGGUAGUCACUUUUAUAAAUGUACAUGCAAAUAAAAAGUAUUCUGAUGUAUUCUGUAUUCAUUUUACUAAUAUGUAUUAUCAUUAGUGUAUUAUAAUCAAAUGCAGUAGAUCAACUAUAUCUAAACUGUGUAAAAAAAUAAAUAAAUAAAAAAACAAAAAGAACAUAUACCGCUGUUUACAGAACUGUAGAAAAUUGAGAAUAGAAUUUGAAAGAACAGUGUUUACAAAUUCCACAUCUGAAUUUCAAUGGUUGUCUUUUUACUCAUUACAUAUUCCUUUUUUUUGAAAACCAUAAAGACCAUUUUGUGCUUUAUAAAACACAUUGUAGCAAUCAUCUCAGAGGACCGGGUAGAAAAGGAGGUUGGAAAAAAGCUGCAUUUCAUAUUUCAGGCUGGUGUUUUUUUUUUUUUUGUUGUUUUUUUUUUUUUCUUUGCAUGGCAAAUGAGAACCUUCAUUCCAGAGCCGUGUAUUCCAGCGUGAGUCGUGUUUAUACAAUGCAGUGGGAACAAGACUGACUGAGUUUUGACAUUGAAGAUGAUUGAAAUUUGUCUAACUUGUCUAGGUCUUGGUGAUUGAAGAGCUCAUUCUCAUCUUGAUCAACUGUAAAGAGUGAAUGUUUUCUGACUUAUUAUAAUAUGUGAGUGUCAACUUCAGUAUGUUCACCAGCAUAUCUAAAAGAUGUUAAUGGUAUAGAUUCUUAAUGUCACACAGAGCCUAGCAGUUCUUUAAAAAUUUAAAAGCAAUGUCAUGGAUUUCAAUAAAUGUAGGUGCCAAAUCUCUGCA